UAGACGUUGACACACACACACACACGCUGUGUUGAAUUUUGGUCUUCUCAUCGCAGCACACUACACUAAGGAAGUGGUCAAGUCAAGACAGCUUUUAUUGUCAGUAUUUUAUCAGAGGAAGCAUAAGGGCAUGGGGCAGCAGGGGAUAGCCGUUACGGUGGUGGUCCUAUGUGGACUAGCGGCCAUGACUCAAGCUGUGGCCAUGAGAAUGAGGAGUCAGGAGGGCCGAGCGGGGAAACAGCAGAGGGACAACCCCAUUGACAAGAUCACUGCUGCCCCCAACCUCAACCUCAACCAGAUGGCUGGCAAAUGGUAUCUGCUCAGCGUUGCCUCUAAAUGCCCUCACCUGUUGGAGAACGGCUUCAAGGUGGAGAGCACCAUCAUCUCCCUCACGCCUCCUACCACCACUGAUGGGCCUCUACUGGUGAGCACGCUGAGGAAACUUAAUCAACAGUGUUGGGAGAUCCAGCAGGAGUACCAGGCUACCCAAACCAAGGGGAGGUUCUUGAUGGCACACAAAAAUGAAAGAAAAAACAUUGAUGUGGUGAUUAGUGAGACGGACCACAGCUCGUACGCCAUAUUGUUCUAUCAAAGGAACGGAGAAAUGUCUCUAAAAUUGUACGGUCGAUCUCGAAAAGUCCCAGACUCAGUUGCUGAUAAAUUUGAGGAGAUAGCUGCAAAACAGAAUCUCGGCCUGGACUAUGUCUUUCAGUUCCCCGAUUACAGUUUUUGUGAAACUUCUGACAAAGAUCACAUACUUGUCAUGUGAUGGACCAUUGUUUCUGAUAUGGAGGACUUUCUUAGACUGUUUUUCUGAAGAACUUGAACGAUGAAAAUGUUACCUCGAAGAAUUUUAACGAAGACGUUACUGGUUUUGCACCGAUGGGAAAAUAACAAAUGCAACACGUGUUUUUGCUGCAUGUUUAAUGCAAGACUCUUCUGUGCAAAUGUACAGUAAUUCAAUCGCGAAACUACACUUGAACGUCAUCGCGUGCUCAUGCAGUCAAAGCCCCCAAGGCAUUAGUAAUUACGGUACUUUAAUUUGCAAAGAAAAAAGAGGGAAACCUGCCAUGGCCUCGUCUCACCCCUAAGAGGAGAGGGCGAAAAAAGUAGAAGUUGAGCACCCCACAUCAGCAUUCUCAGAAUCCCAACCCGUUCCCCCAAUCCCUACACCGCUUGGUUUGCAAGACUCUGCUUGUUUGUUCAGCAAUGUUGGUUACACAACUACAGGACACUUUUAUAAUCCCAAUGUCUCCAAUGGGCAUAUUUGUUUUAUAAUGUCAUAGGCCGUUUAGCCUCCUGUCUUAUUAAGUGUUUUGCUGUUUAUUUUAAUUCGGACCAGUUCAGUGCUGAGAUGCAUUCCAUGUAAUGUAUAAACUGUGCUGUUUGUGUUUAUGCUGUGAAAUACAUAGUCUUUUGCAACUGCA